AAUACACUCAACCACAAUCCUCCGAGGAUUCUCGAAAACAAACAAAUUUCAUUGCUGGCCAGUCUUUUGUUCUGAACAGAUGUCCCACGUCCCUUAGCCACACCCCUUUCUCACUCGUAAGCGUUUGCGCCACGACGCGCUCGAGCUCAAGACAACACAUCUGGCCAUCUCCACGAAGUCGCAUCAUAACCUCCAUCUACCAUGGCGGCAGUUGAGAAUGGAGUCUCAAAUGGUGGAGCAAAUGGGCAUACUCCUAUUUCUCCUGGACAUAGGGUGAUGAGCAAACGGUUCUCGGACAUCCCUUCAGCGAUCGAUAUUCCAGUCCAGGGCGAAGACGAUGACCAAGCUGUCGAAGUUGAUCUCGAAGUUCUUCUAGACGAUCCGACCGAACUGUGUACACUGCUGGAGAAUGAAGGCGCUGCACGAACAUAUUGGAUGACGGUCUCUCUGGCAUAUGCGAAACAGAAGAAAGUCGACCAUGCCAUCGAGAUGCUGAUCAAGGGCGGGCAAGCCAUGAAGGGUGGCCCGAAAGAGAAACUCAGUAUGCUCACUUGUUUGUGUUGGAUGUAUUUGUGGAAGAGCAGAGAAGCUCCCAGAGUUGCCCCCGAAGGCGCAUUGGUUUCGGAGGCCAAGACGAAAGAAUACUAUUUGCAGCUCUCGACAUCAACUCUCAAUGAGGCGCUACGAAUCAACCCCGGGUUCCCACCUCUUUUCCUGGCAUCCGGUGUCCUCCAGCUCCUCAAAGCUUCUUUACAGCCUCCGUCGAAGUCCUCGGCACCUGGCGCCUUAGAUCAAGACAAGGCCGAUAUUCUACGAGCAUCACUCAAGUCAUUCGAAGAUGCCCUUCGAGUGUCCGGAAAGAGGAAUAUGCUGGCACAGCUAGGGAAAGCUAGGGCAUUGUUCUCAUUAGGAAAAUAUGCAGAGGCGCUAGAAGGAUAUCAAGAUGCUCUUCACAGGAUGCCAGAUCUGGUAGAUCCAGAUCCCCGUAUUGGAAUUGGCUGUUGUUUCUGGAUGUUGGGAUUCAAGGAGGAUGCGAAAAUAGCUUGGGAACGUGCCCUGGAAAUCAACCCAGAUUCAAAGAUUGCGAAUAUCCUCCUUGGCCUCUUCUACCUUGACUCGAGCUCCAGCGUACCGACAAACGGACCAGAAUUCAUCAAGCUAUACAAGCGAGCGAUGACGGAAUAUACACAAAAGGCAUUUAAGGCGGACAAGGACCUUCCCUUGACUUGUGCGACAUUUGCUGGGUACUUUUUGUCAAGAAAAUCCCUCCCAAAUGUUGACACUCUUGCCCACAAGGCUAUCCAGUACACAGACGUCAAUGCUAUUGCAAGUGACGGAUGGUAUCUUUUGGCCCGAAAGGAGCACUAUGAAGACGAUUAUGAGCGAGCUGCAGACUACUACCGAAGAGCCGAUGAGGCUAGAGGUGGAGCGGACCGUGGAUACCUGCCUGCAAAGUUUGGCGCAGCUCAGCUGUCUGUGUUGAAGAGCGACUUUGGAGAGGCGAAGCUGAGACUGGAGAAAAUAAUUCAACAGUCGAAGAACGUCGAAGCUAUGAUUCUACUGGGAACGUUGUAUGCCGAAGAGGUAUUUCACAGCCAGCCAACAGGAGCCAAGGAGGAGAAGUCAACAGAAUUCAAAAAGGCUGUUGGAUACCUGGAGAGCGUACGGACCGCCUGGAAGGACUCGAAGAAGAAUCUGGUCCCAGACGCAUCUGUACUUCUAAAUUUGGCCCGCCUUUACGAGACUGACCAGCCCGAGAAGAGUUUACAAUGCCUGCAGCAAGUCGAGCAACUCGAGUUUGACCAGAUUCCUGACGACGAAAAGCCCAAGGAUCCGGAAGAGGAAGCUAGUUUUAAGCUCAAUUUUCGAGAAGGUCUACCGCCUCAGCUUCUCAACAAUAUUGGUUGUUUCUACUAUCAAGCGGAGAAGUACGAGCAGGCUCGAGACAUGUUCCAGGUUGCCCUGAGCGCUUGCAUCAAGGUCGGAGAGAAACAGGAAGAGAUGGACACAGAUGCUCUUGUAACAACAAUCAGCUACAAUCUGGGCCGAACUUACGAGGCCAGUGGACUCCUAGACGAAGCCAACACAGUCUACGAGGGGUUGCUCACCCGCCACAGCGACUACACUGAUGCGAGAACUCGACUUGCGUACAUUUCUCUUCGACAAAACCCAACAGAUGAUGGUCCAAAGGCUAUCACCAAACUCUUCCAAGAUUCUUCUGCAGAUCUCGAAGUACGAGCCUUGUAUGGUUGGUUCCUUGGAAAGGUCCACAACAAGAAGAAGGGCCACAUUUCUGAGGAUCCCGAGCUUCGCCAUUACAAGCAUACCUUGCAGCAAUAUGAGAAGCACGAUCGAUAUGCUCUGAUCGGUAUGGGCAACCUCUACCUUGCGAGCGCGCGUGAAAUGCGCCGUGAAACAGACCAAGAGCAGCAGAAGCGAAGCAACAUGUACACGAAGGCAGUCGAGUUCUUUGAUAAGGCAUUGCAACUGGACCCUCAGAAUGCGUAUGCUGCUCAAGGUAUUGCUAUUGCUUUGGUGGAAGACAAGAAAGACUACAAGACUGCCUUGACGAUUUUCAUCAAAGUCAGAGAUACGGUCAAGGAUCCAAGCGUAUAUGUAAACCUUGGGCACAUAUUUGCGGAACUGCGACAAUACUCCAAGGCCAUCGAGCAUUACGAGCUUGCACUGUCAAAGGACCGCUCGCAUGAUGCGCUGAUCCUGGCUUGCUUGGGUCGAACGUGGUUGUUGAAGGGCAAGGCAGAGAAGAGUUCACAGGCAUUCCGAAAUGCUUUGGAUUACUCUCAGAAGGCUCUGGCAAUUGCCCCUGAUCAAAUACACUACAAGUUCAAUGUUGCAUUUGUGCAGAUUCAGCUUGCUCAAACUGUCUACGGUCUCGGUGAAAUACAAAGAACAUUAGCUGAGGUUCAGGCGGCGGCUGAUGGGCUCGAGGAAGCCAUUGAGUCUCUAGACGCAAUUGCUCUGCAUCCAGCAACACCUUACCCAAAACACGACAUCGAGCAGCGAGCUAACAUGGCACGAAACACCCAGCGCAAGCAGUUAGAGCGUGCGAUCCAGGCCCAGAAGGAGUACGAAGAGAAAAACGCCGAGAAACUUCUCGCUUCGAAGCAGGCCCGAGAAAUCGAGCUCAAGAAACGCGAAGACGCCCGAAUUGCCGCCGAAGAGGCCGAACGUGCACGCAAACUCAAGAUUGGCGAGGAGAGACAGAAGAUCCUCGAAAGAGACCGAGAGCUGGCCGAAGCCCGCCACGAGGAAGAACGAGCUAGAGAAGCUGCAGAGCUCACUACUGACAGCGAGACGGGUGAUAAGGUCAAGCGCAAGAAGAAGCCUCGUACUGGUGGCGCUGGUGGCAAGCGAAAGAAGAAGAACGAGGAUGGGAUCACAGAUGACGAGGAGAGCGGAGCUGAACCCCGAAGACGGAACCGCCAAAGAAGUGGCGGAGACAGUGACGAGGAGAAGCCCAAGCCAAAGAAGAGACGAUUGGCGAAGAAGGCACAAGAGAAGCCAAACAAGUACAAGAGUAGCGAGAUUGUGGUGGAGAGUGACAGCGACGGUGAUGAUGGUGCCGCCGCUGCGGCACGGGAAAUGGACAACGAUGUUGAGGACGAAACCAACGGAAUGGACGUCGAUGCAGGAAGUGAUGACGAGACUAUUUCCGCUCCUGCAGCCUCCAAACGCAAAAGUCGACGAGCAAUGAUCGAUUCGGAUGAUGAGGACGAAGAUGAGGACGCUGCUCCUGCUCCUGAAGCUAAUGCGUCAAAGGAAGACUCGCCAGCAACGGCGAACGGUGCCGAUACACCAAUGGCGGACUCAGAUGACGAGUAGAUAGCCUCCCUACUUACCUCUUCGAAGUCUCCGGAGACGAAUGAAGUUGCGAGAACGAGAUCUCGGAUGUCACGCUGCGAUGACUGUUGGAAAUUGAGGGGACCAGACCAGAGCAUUGAUGACAGCGUCCCAGUAUGUUGGCAAUGACAAGAAUGCAAGAAGUGAUCUUAUUAUUCCCCCCCUCCUUGCGCAACCGAGCUUUGACUUGGGUUGCGUUACGUCGCAUUGUCUCGUUUCAAUGGCGAUGUAGAUCAUUGGGGGAUGGGCCGGGGCAUGUAUGUUUUUGUUGUAAAAGUAUAUGGAGAUCGAGCGGGUUUGGGAAAAUCUGGGGAUAGGUCACAUCUUAACAGGACUUCAAUAUCACCUCAAUUCUGAUACCAACCGAUGCUCCCCCUCGCUUACAGGACAGUUGCAGUACUACAUGACAUGGCAUGUGCAUGUGAGAUUGUUGGUGGACAUCGUGUAACAUUGUUGAUGGGGUGUUUUCCGGGACUGCACUUGCUUUUUAUCGAUCUGACAGGGCAGGGCGGUGCUUGCGUGGUUUCCGAUCUGGACUCCUUCUCUUUUCUGACAGUCGGCAGCUGUGCCGCAACCUGGUGCUGUAACCCUAAGAUGUAUGUAUGCAGAUGCGGUAAUUGCUUCUGGGGUAGAGAAAGUAUCUUUGUUUUUCCUUCCAAGCGGAAUGAGGAGAGCCCGGCCCGUGUGUGAUAUAGACCUGCUAUUACAUAUGCGGACCGGGUUCCUGGAACGAACAUCUACCAGCCUACCAGGACACAAAAUAAACACACACUUAAGCAUAGAGAACCCUCCGUACAUACACGCACGCGCACGCUGGCACAUGGAACUGGAAGUGGAAGUGGAAGUAGUAGCCUAUGCGCAGGGUCGGUAUGGAUGGCCUAUUGAGCUCCUUGUCCGAUGCAGUCAGUGUUAGAUGAGGCUUGGUGGGCUGACUUUGAUGCAGCUGACGCAUAAUGUAUGUAUAUCGGCAUGUAGUUUGUAUGCUGGCAAGUUGUGCAUGGACGGUACGGAUAUUGUUUGUGUUACAGUCAUCUCCUCGUGGCAUUUCCAUAUUCCAUGAUGGCACUCGAUGACGUUUUGGAGAAUCACGAACUGAAGGACAUAAUUGGUUUGUUCACGACGUUGAAGUGGAGGGUGUGUGGUUGCGUAACUGAACGAAUGGGGCGAGACUGAGACUGAGAUCGAGUUGGAGAUUGAUUUCUAACAGCGUGUGCUGUGUUAGGUUACAUCCGCUUGCCUUGCAUACAGUCUCUUGCCGUGUUGCUGAAGCGAAACGUGUGAAGCUGUACACACGGGUACUGUAUAGUUGGAAGGGAUAACACCCCCACGGCUCUGAUAACAACCCGCGGUCUUGGUAUCGGAUGGGAAAAGGUGGUUCUUUCUAGUAGGGCUGGAUGAAGCAUGUUUGGGACUUGGGGAACACGUGGGAUAGGAGAGACCAUGGGGGGGUUGCAUUUUGGCCACUGAGCUGCACGUGGGACUGACUGGCGGUUAUUUCAGGACUGAGACCGAAGAUUGAGAUCGGGACAAGAAGUAAUAUGUAUGGUGUCUGUCUAUGCAGGAUUCAAGCUUGUCUUUAGGGUUGAAGGAGCUGCAGGGCUGAGAGUGGUCCCUGGGCCCAGGGAUACAUUAGAGAGGCAACUUUACACGUUACACGACAUGAAAGGGAUUCAAGAUCGGGGCAUUGUAGAUUGUUAGAGAAUGCAUAGAAUAUACCUCACUGAAGACGUCAAAUGAGGCUUCCGAGG